GAUUCAUCAUCUCAGAAGAAUGCGCCACGGCAUCAAGUUCAGCUGCUCGUAUCUGCAUUAUCUUGGCUGUUGUCUUCAUAUGUAUUCUGGCAGUUGUUAUCAUAUGGAAAUGGCAACACAACAAAACCAGGAUCAUGAUGAACCCUGUGGAUGGAACUGAACAAACAGGACAAAGAGAGCAGCUGAUGGCUGAUUCAGAAGAGAAAAAGACCAACGGUGAUAAACAGCUACAGAAGAAAGAGGAAGAACAGAAAGACUUUGUACUGGUAGUUCAAACAUUAAAGGAGCAGAUGCUGGAACUGGAAAAACUCAAAGAUCAACUCAAAAGUCAAAAUGAAGAUAUGGAGAGACAGAAGGAAGAAAGUGAGAAGAAGCUUCAGUCAGUGGAGAAAGAAUCAGAACAGGACAGAGCAAAGGGAUACUGGAAACUAACAGAAAUCAUAUUGCAGGACAAACGUACAAUUGGGCAGAGAAAAACUAAACAUGACAAACUGCUACUGAACACACAAAUGCUACUGAACAGAGGAGAAGGUGUGCUGCAGAAAAUAAAGAUCAGAGAACCACAUGGAGAGAAUCAGUGUGUGACUGGAGAGAAAGAAACAGGAAGUUAAGAUUCAGAGAAAAGUAAACUUGUGUGAGAGGCAGGAACAUUUGCCUGAUCUUUAUAUUUAAAGGUUCCAAAGAGAUGAUAAGAAUGUGCUAUCACAUUCAUUCAUAUUGAGCUUUUAAAACAUCCGACAACAACAUAUUAAACAUGUAAGUCAUUCACACUUUAUGUUGUCAAAGGAUUGUUUACAGCAAUAAUAUAAUAUCAAGCAUCCUGAUAUGUCAGAUUUUAUUACAGGAAUAAUAGCGAUAGAAUCUGGUAAAGCAGCAAUAAAUGAAAAAGAUGUUUUGUUUGUUUUUAGUUGCGUAGCGUUUCAGCAGCUGUCAGCAUCAGAACCUUCUGUGGGAGUGACCUGAUAUAACCCGCGGCCUCUUUUUCACACAGACAGAAAGAAAAAAACAUU